AUGGACCCGCCGCCGUCGGGCCUCGUGCGCGCCGUCAAGGUCGUGCUCAAGAGCCUGGCGAGCCUGCCGGAGGCGUCGGCGCCGACGAGCUGCCUGCGCUACGUGCUCGACCAGUUCGAGGGCGCCGCGUCCCACGGCCCGACGGCGCGCGCCCUCGACCGGGCCGCGGCGCGGGAGCCGCCGCCGGAGACGGACGGCGCCGCGCCGGACGUCGCGGCGCGGCCCGUCGCCGGCGGCGUCGCCCACGGCGACGCGGCCCUCCUGGCGACGGUCGACGCCGCGGGCCUCGGCGAGGUCCGGGACGCCGUCGCGGCGCUCGAGGCCGCGCUCAACCCGUCGGGCGGCGCCGAGGCCGCGCGGGCGACCCUGGCCAAGCAGGGCGUCAAGACGGAGUCGGCGGACGUCGCCGUCGCGCGGGCCGCGCUCGCGGCCGCGCCGCGCUGCUUCGACGGCGCGGCGCAGAUCUUCGCGCCGUCCGCGCCGUCCGCGGUCGCGGCCAACGGCGCGCGGCGCUACCGCGACGGCGAGGCGCGGGGCGCCGUCACGGGCGAGUUCGGCGGCGACGCGGAGCACGCCCUCGCGACGCUGAACCCGCGCGGCGGCGCGCUCGGCGCCGCGGAGGCGCUCCACCGGUGCGCGGCCGGCGGCGGCGCGGUCCACGGCCUCGGCGCGGGCGAGCGCGGCCGCCUGCGGGCCAUCGCCAUAAGCGUCGACGUGCUCGUGGCCGGCCCGGACCUCGAGGUCGCCAUGGAGGCCUUCGCCCACGUCGUCCUGUCCGAGGCGCUCGCCGCGGAGCGGUCGGCCGAAUCGCUCGUCGUCGCGCUCGAGACGUCCGGCGUCGCGGCGACGCGCGGCGCGGACGCGCUCGCCGCCUUCGGGGCGGCGACGGGCGCGCUGCACCGCGCCUGGGACGACGGCUCGCCGCGGGUGGCCGCCGCGGCGGCGGCGGAGCAGGCCGCGACGGCCGCGGCCGCCGCGCGGCGCUGGCGCGUCCGACGGCUGACGAACCGCCGCGACGCGCUCCUCUUCGCCACGGCGGCCAAGGCCGCGGCCAUCGCCAAGAACCCCGUGCGCCUCGCGCUCCUCCUGCGCACGCGCCGGGGCCUCGUGCGCUGCGAGUGCGUCUACGCGCUCCACUUCACGCGCCGGCCCGGCGGCGACCAGGGCAGCAAAAGAGAGCGAAAUUCCCAACUUCAAAGGCUCCGAUCUCGGCCAUUUUCCACUCGCGGCGACUGGCCCGCGGCGCCGCCGGCGUCGUUCGCGCGGUCGCCGCGCGCGCCCUGCCUCGGCGGCGUCUUCUUCGACCCGAGCGACGCCGCGCGCGUCUUCCGGGGCGUGGAGCGGGGGCCGGAGCCGGACGCCGCGGCGGAGGCCGACGGCGCCAAGGCCGCGGCCGCCGCGGUCAUAGCGGGCGACGCCGCCGCGGCCGCGCUCGCGCUCCUCGGGGCCGCGACGCGGCGGCGCGAGGGCCGCGUCGUCGCCGGCGCCGCGGCGCUGCUCGCCGGCGGCGGCGCGUCCGCGCGGUCCCUGCGGCGCGGCGCCGCGGCGCUCGCGGACGCCGCGCGGCGCGUCGGCGCUCUCGCGGACCGCGACGCGCGGAAUCGCAAGCGCACGGCCCACGAGCACUGCGGCGCCGCGGCGGCGCGGGGCCUGGGCUUCCGCGCCGCCGGCGUCGACGCCCACGACUGGGGCCACCACGCGCCCGCGGCGGAGGACGGCGACCACUGGCUCUUCGGGGGCCUCGCGGUGACCCGGAGCGAGGUCGCGCGCGGCGCGGGCGCCGCGCGGCCGGGCCGGUCGAGCCGCCCGGGGACGGCGGCGUCGCGCCAGGGCCACGCCAAGCACGACGACGGCCCGCCGAGCCGCGGCGAGCUGCGGGUCUGGGUCGACGCGCUCGACGGCGACUUCCGGAGAUGGCGCGGCGACGCGUUGGCGUACGUCGGCCGCGGCGGCGGCGCGCUCGCGUGCCGCGACGCCGACGUCGCCGCCUUCCUCGCGCCGGGCCUGCGCGCGGAUCUCCACCGCCUCUCCGCCGGCGGCGAAAACGUCGGGGAAAGCGCGGAGCGCGCGGCCUGGGGCCGGCUCCGCGCGCUCGCGCGGCGGGAAGCGGAGGAAACCGUCGACGCCGCGGACGACGCGCCGGCGCCCCUCUUCCUCGACGGCGGCGAGGCGGCCUUCGCGCGGCCGUCGCGGCGCCGGGGCCGGCCGCGGGCCGCGGCCUUCGUGGCCGCGGCGGCCGCCGCGCGCGACGAGGCCGCGGACGCCGCGCUCCCGGGUUUGGGGGGCCUCGCGCUGCCCGCGGCGGCCGCGGCCUACCUCGCGCGGCCGGCGGCGACGGUCGCCGCGACGCUGGCGGCGCCCCCGGGCCUGCGCUUCGACGACGCCGACGGCCGCGUCGUCGUCGCGGAGGCGCGGCGGAGCGCGGCGGCGCGCGCCUCGGACGUCGCCGCGCUCGCGGCGCUCGCGCGCGAGGCGACCGCCGAGGCCGACGCGAGCCGCCAGCGGGCCCACGCCGCCGCGCGCGGCGCGGCGCGCGACGACGACGCGGAGGCGUCCUGGGCGGCCUGGCGCUGGCCGCGCGCCGCGGGCGCCGCCGCGGGCGAGGGCGCGGCGAAGGUCGUCGUCUCCGCGGAGCGCGACGCGGCCGUCAGGGCGCUCGAGAAGCUCGACGGGCGGCGCCUCGACGACGACGAGGCGCCGGCGGCGCCGCUGGGCCUCGCGCGCGCGGCGCUCCGCGGCGCGGGGCUCGUCGCGGCGCCGCCGCCGGCCGCGCCGCGCCGCGGCCUCCGCGACGACGACCGCGACAACAAGCGGCGGCGCCUCGCGCGCGUCGUCGCGUCGGGCGCCGCGUCGGCGCUGGAGCGCGAGCUCUUCGAGGCGUCGGGCGCCGCCGCGCGGUUGGCGCCGACGAACUUCUUUCCCGGCGUCUGCGCGCGCCUCGCCGUCGCCGCGUACCGCUUCGGGCGCGAGCCCCCGGGCGCCGCCGCCGGGCGCUGCCUCCUCAAGGCGCUGCCCGCGCCGACGGGCGGCGGCGGCGGCUCCGCCGCGCGGCGCUGGCUCGACGACGCGCGCGAGCGGAGGCGCGCCGCGGACGCGGCCGCCGCGGCCGCCGCGGCCGCGGAGGCGCUCGUCGCGGGGCUCGCGCGGCUCAAGCGCCGCAUCUACGAGAAGACGCUCCGCGCGCGGUCCUACGUGACCCGCGACCGCCAGCACGCGGCGGCCCAGUCGCGCGCCGGCGUCUCCCCCGUGUCCGGCGCCGCGCGGCGGGCCCGCGACGCGGCGACGGUGGCCAAGGUCUGGGCCGCCGAGGACGCGGGCGCCGUCGUCUACGGGUCGCGGGCCGCCGUCGCCGGCGCGGGCGCGGCGGCGGCCGUCGACGCGCUCGCGCGGCUCCGCGCGGCGCUGCCCGCGGCCGCGGCCGGGCCGCUCGCGUUCCACCUCGCGCUCCGGGGCGACAGCGCGCUCCGCGGCGGCGGCGUCCUGCCGGCGGCGGACGGCGACCACGGCGGGCUCGUCGAGGCGCAGCUCGACGUCGUCGCGCCCUGCGCACUCGCGGCGGACGCCAAGGCCGCGCCCGCGACGUUCGCCGCGGCCGUCGUCUCCCGCGCCGCGGACCUCGCGAACCGCGCCGGGGCCGCGCCGGACGAGCCGUCCUUCGGCGGCGUCGCCGAGGCCGUCGACGGCGCGGCGCCGGGCCCGCUGGCCGACGCCGUCGCCGUCGCCGCGGCGCCGGCCGACGCGGUCGCGGCGCCCGCGGUGCUCGUCGCGCUCGCCGCGGGCCGCGGCGCCGACGCCUGGGGCGGCGGCACGCUGCGCUACGGCGCCGGGGCGUUGCGGUCGGCGAAGCUCGCCGAGGACGCGGUCCACGACCUCGAGAAGCUCCGCGUCGUCUCCGACGGCGGCGCCGCGCCGCCGCCCGUCGCGCUCCACGUGCUCCUGCCCCCGAGGCCCGGCCGCGCGGCCUACGCGCCCUGCGUGAUCCGCUGCGUGCUCUGGACCGCGGGCGCCGCGGGCGGCGCCAACGACGUCGCGCUCCGGCGCUGGCCGGCCAUGGUCCGCGAGAACGUCUACGACACCGCCGAGGGCGCCGCGGCGCCGCUCAACGCCGAGUGCGGCGCCUCGACGCUCCUCGACGACGCCCUCGCCCACGCCGCGGAGAGCCGCUGGCGCGACGCCUACGCCUGCGACCACCGCCUCGCCCUGUCGGCGCCCGGCGCCGCGCGACCGCGCGAGCGCGGCGGGCCCGGCGACGUCCUCGGCGCGGCCGCGGACCUCGCGCCGCUCGACGCGCGCCUCGCGGCCCACGGCGCGCUCCUCGGCGGCGUCGUCGACGCCUGCCUCCGCCUCGAGGCCUCCGCGGCGGCGCUCCGCGCGCUCCUGGGCCUGCCGCGGGUCCUCCGCGCCGCGGCGCCGCCCGCGGCCGUCGCGGCCCACGCCGCGGCGCUCGUGGACGGCGUCGAGGCCCUGGCCGCGUCGUCGCAGGCCGUGCACUUCGCCGGGGCCGCGCGCUACCUCGUCGCGAGGCUGCGGGGCGGCGACGCGACCGCGGGGCCGGGCGACGUGGAACCGUGGGCGCCCACGUCGCUCGUCGUCGCCGCCGCCGCCGCCGCCGUCGCCGCGCGCCUCGAGGACGCGGACCUCGCCAACGGGCGCCAGCCCAACGUGUCGACGAAGGUCGCCGCGAGCCGGUCCCGGGCCGUCGCGCUCGCGGCGACGCGCGACGUCGACGACUACCUCCGCGCGCUCCGGCGGGCCAGCGAGGUCAACGCGCACGUCGGGGACCCGGACAUGCCGACCCACUUCGCCGUGCUCCGCUGGGGGCGGCCCGACGACGCGGGCUCGCCGCGGAGCGCGAGGCGCGCGGGCGUCUCCGACCGGGGGCUCGAGUCGUCGCCGACGCGGCGGCGCGGGACGCUGGCCCUGCCCAUAUUGCCGACGCGCGCGCAGCAGCUCGAGGCCCUGCUGGCCGCCGCGCCGAAAGACGCGCCGCCGCCGCCGCGCAACGGCGCCGCCGACGGCGCCGCCGAGCCGGUCGCGGAGCCCUACGGCGAGCGCUGCUUCGACGGCGCCGACGACUUCGACCGCGCGGCGCUGAACAUGUUCGGCCACGGCCUCACGGAGUUCAGCCUGUCGCUGUCGCUGCGCGUCGCGGAGCCCGGGGACCCCUGCGGCGAACUCCCUAUGGACAGCGGGCACUUCCACAGCGGCGGCUGCGGCCUCGCGAGCGGCGUGCGGGGCUUCCUGAGGGACCGCGACGCCUGGUGGCACGGCCGGCGGACGGCGGGCCCGCUGGGCCCCCGCGAGUCGCUCGUCGCGCCGCGGGGCAACACGGACGAGGACCGGCUGCGGCGCGCGUUCCUCGACGACGCGAUGGCCAAGGGCUCGCGGUCCGACUGGGGCCUGAGCCUCGCCCGCGACGGGGCGCUCCUCUUCGGCUACGGCCACCGCGACUUCGGCACGGCGACGGACAUGGCCGGCACGGCCCGGGGGGAGGCGCGGCCCGUGCGCGACACGACGCUCCGCGCGCCGAAAGGCGACGGCGGCGCGGACCUGCUCGACGGCGCCUGGCACGACGUCGUCGUCGUGCGGAAGCGCACGUCGCCGAACCGCAAGCGGGACGACGUCGACCCCUACGGGUCGCCCGUCGUCGGCCCCCACUGCACCUCCGAGUUGUACGUCUACGUCGACGGCGCGCGGCGAGCCGGCUCGUUUACCGUGUCCGGCGGCCGCACGGGGGACAGCGCUCUGAACAACGCGGUCACGAAGGCCGGCGGCUCGCCCGGCUACAAGGGCUCGGCGCCGCCGCACCCCCUCGCGGACGCGCCGCUGGAAGUCAAGCUCGGCGAGCGGUUCCGCGGCUGCCUCCGGGACGUCGCGCUCCACGCGGCGGCCCUCGAGCCGAGCGCCGUCGCCCGCGGCGCCAAAGCGCUCGCGCUCGCGGCGCCGCGGCGGCCCGUCCGGAAAGCGCCGAUCCCGCUCUACUUCUACUCGCACAGCGACGCGGCGUCGCGCGACAUGCGCGACAAGUUCGUCGCGAGCAUCCGCGACGCGGCGAGCGACGUCGUGCUCCGCGAGUGGGUCAUCGGCGCGAGCAAGGAGGACCAGACGCAGCGCUUCGGCACGAAGAUCGAGCUCGUGCUCAGGGCGAUCCGCGAGAACCCGCGCGACAGCGUCGUCAUCGUCUCCGACAUGGAUUUGCGCUUUUAUAAACCCAUGGCGCCGGUCAUCGACGCCUACAUCGGCGUCGGCGACCCCUACGACGUCGACAUCGUCUUCCAGCGCGACGAGGACCGGAGCCUCCAGGGCAACCUCGGCUUCAUGGCAUUAAAGUGCAACAAGGCCGUCGCGGACGUCUUCCGCACCACGGGCGAGAUCAUGCAGCAGAACCGGCCGGGGGCGACGGGCGACCAGAGAAUCAUCAACAGAGCUCUGGCGAACCCCUGGGUCUACGGCAUGCCGCGGCUGAAGUGGGCCGUGCUGCCCUCCGAGAUCGCGACGAACUCCGUCGUCAACGAUCACACGAAGGACGCGAUGUACGGCACGAACUUCAACAACUGGGUCCUGUUCCACGCCAACGACUACGGCCGCGCGGGCCUCGAGUCGUCCAAGGCGCGCAUCGCGAAGAUGAAGCUCCUCACGGACGCGGAGAACAUGGUCGCGCAGAACGCGGACGCGCGGAAGCCCCGGGACCGCUGGCCCUACGUCGGGCCCGAGGAGCGGCGCGUGUUCCCGAGCGAGACGGAGGGCGGAUAA